AUGGACAAUCAGCAUUGUCAUGUUCAGGGAAAUCCAGACUUGUAUGGCCUGGGCAUUCGUCUGGGUAUCUACUUUCAGAUGCUCACAGUCCAGUCGUCAGGCCUCUUUUCAUAUUUUCUCCGGGCCGAGGACAACAUUGCAGAGACAGCCGUCGUAUUUGUCAUGUCUGUUGGUACAGUACUUGUGCGACAGAUUGUUAUACGCCAAAUUGAAGCCAUCGAAGUCGCCUUCAUGAUUACGCUGUUGACCGCCCUGGUCAACUCUUAUCGUCAAGCAAACCAGCUCAAGGGUCUCGUCCAGAUGCUCUACGGCAUUGAGAUGCUUGGCUUGAUUGGUAUUUACAUUUGGUUCUGGUGGGUUGGUAUGGACCAAUUAGGCCGUAGCUGUCCAGACGACAGGGCCUUCUUUUUCGCCAAUGUCAGCCUCUGGGGAUGGUUCCGAACCUUUAACAAGGUGUUGACUGUCUUUGCUGGUCUCGCUGGCGCCAUGAGUGCCAUGGUCUACGGCGUCGCGUACACGUUCCUUCUCGGAUUUUAUCUACAUCGAGCCAUCCUGCGAGCCUUCAAUCGCCCCGUUGAGCCGAUUGAUCAAGUGGAACAGUAUACAAAUGACUACCGAAGCGUGGAUCUUGCACUCAAUAUCGGUGUCAUUCUCUUUGUCGAGUUAACCAUUCGCUGGAACCAAAUAUCCGAUGUCUACUCACUGAACUCGCCUGGGCAAUUUAUACCAUUCUUUAUCGGUCUUGCCCAAUUAAUGUCGGUCGGGUACAAGGCAAUCAAGAAUUAUUUGAAGAACGCGGCUGAGGAGGAGGACCCUGGGCGUCGGAAUCCCUACACGGCGACCCAGUGUUUGCACGAAACCGGCCAUACGCGUCAAUUGCAGAUGUCGGGCAGCAGACGACGAUACGCUAGAAAUGAUACGGAAAUGAACAGCUUCUCGUCUGACACAAUAGGUCGAUGA